UCUGAGGAGCAAAAGAGACGUGAGGAAGAAGAGAGACAGAGAGAAGAAUGGAGGAGAAAAAUAAGAGAAGCUGAAAAUGAGAGAAAAGAGACUCAAGAUGAAAUUGAAAGACAAGAGAGAGAAUGGGAGGAAGACAAGAAACGACAGAUGAGAGAACGAGAAGAAGAUGAGAGAAAGAGAAGAGAGAAACAUGAAGAACAACUGAGAGAAAAACAAGAAGAACUGGAGAAAAUGAGACAGAAGAUUGAGAAAGAGAGAGAAGAAGAGAGAGAAGAAGAGAGACAACAGAGAGAUGAAGAGAGAGAGAAACUGAGACGAGAGAAAGAAGAGAAAGAGAGAGAGUAUCAAGAGAAGAAAACUGAAACGAUGAAACGUUAUGAGCAGCUGGAGAGAAAGAGAAAAGAGAUGUGGGAGAGAAAACAACGAGAAGAUGAUGAGAGAAGAGCAGAAGAGAGAAAGAGAUGGAGGAAAAGAAUUGAUGAUAUUAAAAGAGAACAACAAGAAGAGAUCAAGAGAAGAGAAACCCAGGAGAGAGAGAGAAAAGAAAGAGAAGAGGAAGAGAGAAAGGAAAUAAAGGAGGAGCAUGAGCGGAGAAUAAAAGAGAUGAAGAAGAAACAUGAAGAUGAAGCCAGAAAACAAGCAGAAGAAAUAAAUGAGUUUAAAAAGAAAAAUGAUCAAGUUAAUAAGAUCAGAAAGCAUCUGGAAGAACUUAAAGACCAUCAUGAGUUACUGGAGGAGUUCUAUAAACUCUUAAAUGAUGAGAAUAGACACAGAAAAGCUGAAAAAAAAGGUUGA